GGUAAAACAGUUUUUGUUUCGGUACCCUUAGUCCUGUUUGGGUUUAGGGUUAGGGCUCGGCGGUGAAAAGCCUUCGCAAAUGAAGAGAUCCGGCAACGCCAUAGAGUCGAUGGGAUGUAGCGAAUCAGGCGCAAACUUGGCUGGACGUCUGGGAAAAGAGAUCGUCGGUGCUGUAAGUUCUCAGAGGAUGAAACCUCCCUUCCGACCUGCACAGGAUGACUCCAAGCCCCUCCUCGAAGACCCGAUACUGAGGUCGGUUCCCUUCGAGACUGAGCAAGCCAUGAUUCGAUUACCGCCGUUUCCGCUUAAGAACGCCAAAUUCUGAUCCAGUAACUGGCUGGUACAAUUAUGCAGUCAUGGCUGCCAUGGUUUGCGUUGGGACAAACCUUCAGUGCCCUGCUGCUUAAAAUCAACCCAGAUGAGAGAGAGAGAGAGAGAGAUACAGCAUGGCCGGAUGUUACUGAAUCUGUAUUGAACGGCUAUACUUACUGAAAUACUGUUUUGUAAUUGUUCUAUUAGCACCACCCGCUGAUUCUAUUCAAGGUU